AUGAAGUCACAUUUAGCCGCGCUAUCUCUGGGAUCCUUUCUCACCCUCCAACCCGUGUCGGCAGGAUUCAAUAACAUCCACGACCAAGAGCCUCUGAGAGCCGAUAUCGACCCACUCAAGUACCGCGCAGCAUGUCCGGACUACGCAAACUAUGCCAAGCGACCACAUCCACCAUACAGCUCUGGUCCCCUGUCACUGCCCUUUCAACGGCCCUUCAAGUACUGUCGAACGUUUGAAUCGCCUCUUGUAGAAAAGGUCAUUGAUGAUAUGAGCGAGAAGAUGGUUGAUAAAGACCUCGCUCGUCUCUUCGAAAAUGCUUUUCCGAAUACACUAGAUACAACUGUGAGAUGGCAUGUAGACGGGACAUCAAAGCCCAAGAUGUCGAAGAAGAGCUGGGAUCCCGCCGCUUGGAAAGGAGCACAGAGUUUCAUCGUCACUGGUGACAUCAAUGCCGAAUGGCUACGUGACUCGACGAACCAGCUAGCACAAUACCAGCUCCUCGCGAAAAAGGACAAGGACAUCCAUCAACUCAUCCUAGGAGCCAUCAACACCCAGGCCGAAUACGUCAUCGGAUCCCCAUACUGCAACGCAUUCCAGCCGCCCCCACCAAGUGGACUAAAACCCACAUUCCAAGGCGACGGCGACAAUGUCCACCCAAUCUACGAGCAAUCUUUCGUUUUCGAAUGCAAAUAUGAGCUCGACUCCCUCGCGCACUUCCUCUCCCUCUCCAACCAAUUCCACAACCACACAUCUUCGACCGAAUUCAUCAACGCCCGCUGGCUCCUCGCCCUCGACACCCUCCUCGAUGUGCUAAAAGAGCAGUCCAAACCCACUUUUGACGAAACCACAGGCACUUAUCUCGGCAACGAAUACAGAUGGCAGCGCCACACCGACAGCGGCACAGAAACUCUCGGCCUCAGCGGCCUGGGCAACCCCCUCAACGGCGGCACAGGCCUCGUCCGCAGCGCCUUCCGCCCCAGCGAUGACGCUACCAUCCUCGGCUUCCUCAUCCCGUCCAACGCCAUGAUGGCGACGGAGCUCCAGCGCACAGCACGCAUCCUGGAGAAAGCAGGUAAAAAGAACAUCGCUGCCAAACUCAAGGAGUGGGGCGACAAGAUCGAAAAGGGCGUCUGGGAACAUGGCGUUGUGACGAAUAAGAAGUACGGCAAGGUCUUCGCGUUCGAGGUAGAUGGGUAUGGCUCGUCUAUUCUCAUGGAUGAUGCGAAUCUCCCUUCCCUACUUGCACUUCCUCUUCUCGGUUUCGUAGAUGCGAAUAACGAGGUUUAUAAGAAUACGCGCAAGAUGAUUUUGGACAAGAAGGGCAAUCCGUAUUAUCUUGUUGGCUCGUCGUUUAAUGGUAUUGGCGGGCCGCAUGUUGGGCUACGGUCUGCUUGGCCCAUGGCUGUCCUUGUACAGGCUAUGACGAGCGAGGAUGAUGAGGAGAUUACAAAGUGUCUUGAGUCUGUUAAGAACGUGUCCAAGUUGGGGUUGGUGCAUGAGAGUAUUAAUGUGGAUCAUGCAUCGUCGUUUACACGGAGUUGGUUUGCGUGGGCGAAUUCGGUUUUUGCGCAGACCAUCUUGGAUUUGGCGCAGAGGAAGCCGCAUUUGCUCUUUGGUAAGGGGGCUGAAGCGUACACCUUGUAA